GUCCGAGCGGCCAUGCUGACGAAGAGACGUCCGAGGGAGAACCGACCAUUCUCCACCAGUGUCGCCUAUGCGUAGAAAAUAACCCCUUCGGAUGGACGUGGAUUGUUGUCUCACGACCUCAUUGUGUAUCUUUCCUGUCCUCGCUCUCUGCGUGAUGAAGCGUUGGUCUAAAGCAGAGAUCGGCCAGCUGGAGUCAAAGAGCCUGACAGACUUAAGCGAGGAAUCAAUGACGGGCACGUAUCCAAGACCGAACACAACAAUUCACCAUUUGGACGUCUUGCAUGAAGACGGCGGCGCUGACGAGACUCGGUUGCCUCUGGACGACAACGGUUGGUCUCCCAGCGACUUGACUGGUCUGACCACGAGCUCGCUGGAGGAGAACCGGAGGAGCGUUUCUGAGACGGAUGUUCAGCCCGAGGACGGAGACCAGGAGCUGGAAAUGAGCCUGAGGAGUCACGGCGGCUCUCUGGUGGAGCGCUACCACGGCACAGUCAGCCGAAUAGGAAAGGCGUGGUGGCGAAAGCACGUCUUCAAGGCCGGCGACACGGUGCUGAGGCGCUGCGGCAGAUGGAGGCGGCACGCGGGCAGAAGCAGUCUCAGCAGCACCAUUCAUCGUCCCGAUGAGACACAACGGCAGGAAUCCAGAACACGAAGCAAGCCGCACGCUGUCAGAGGAGAGCCGAGGGCAGUGUGUGGGGACAGAGACCACCCACCGGCCCCCCGUGAGGACGGGAAACGCGUCUCAGCAGCGGCCUCGUCCGGGGAAGCUCUACCACAAGUUUGUGUGCCAGAGCAGAUGGUCGUCCUUCAGCGGGCUCCCCUGCCGCUUCUGUGCCAGAUGCUCCGAGGCCGGCGGAGCUCCUCCUUCCUCGUCCUCGGCCGGCCGAGCUCCUCCUUCCUCGGCCGGCCGAGCUCCUCCUUCCUCGGCCGGCCGAGCUCCUCCUUCCUCGGCCGGCCGAGCUUCUCCUUCCUCGGCCGGCCGAGCUCCUCCUUCCUCGUCCUCGGCCCUGGCGGCUCUCGCCCCGUCGCCCCACCGCUCCCUCCUGAGGAAACGCCACAGGGAGCUGGACCGGGACGCAUACCCCCUGUCCAAGCCCGUCCUCCCCGGGCUCCAAGCGCUACGGCAGAGGAGGUGCUGAGGCGGCGUCUGCUUCAACCUCCACGCGGCGCCGGGCCACGCGGCGCGUUUCACGGACUGAGCUUGUGGCGGCGGUCAGCGGGCGCACAUCAGGAGGCCUGGAUGAGUCGGAGCGGAUCCGCCUGCAGUGGGUGA